CCUAAGCUUGCACAAGUUGUAGCUGUUUUGUUAGAAGAAGAAGAAGGGCUUGGUUCUUGCCCUCAUCUUCUUUCCUUAUCCCGCGAUGAUGACCGGGCUUAUGCCCGCAAAGCAUUUCUUCCCUCCUGUCCCCAACUGUUAAAUGUGUUUGUAUAUUGCUUUUAAUUUGGGAUGGGGGAGCUCCCAGGCAAUUAAAAUGUGGGUAUAAUUGGAAUGAAACUGUGAAUUGUCUAAAUAAAAUCCUCUGGUGAACUCUAGCAAAUUAUGAAGACUGAGACUUGCGGGGUGCGAAAAUUCCAGGUCGGCAAGGCGGCAGCAUACAGCAAACUCUUUUAAAGAUUGCUGGUGCUUACUGGUCAUUUUUAACUCAAAUAUAGUAAGGUGACCUUAACAUAUCGCAUGAACAGCAGGAUAGUAAUGAUGAGACGGAAGAUGUUUCACUUUUUGAUGAAAGAGAAGAUGAAAUGUCUAGAAAGCCCAAGAAAUCAAAAAUAAGACAUCCUAUAGCCUCCUUUUUCCACUUGUUCUUCCGUGUCAGUGCAAUAAUUGUCUACUUACUUUGUGAAUUGUUAAGCAACAGUUAUAUUGCCUGUAUGGUGACAAUCAUCUUACUUCUAUCGUGUGACUUUUGGGCAGUGAAGAAUGUCACAGGAAGGUUGAUGGUUGGCCUCCGAUGGUGGAAUCAGGUUGAUGAUGAUGGCAAAAGUCACUGGGUGUUUGAAGCCAGGAAGGCAUCUGCUCAUAGGAGGAAAGCUAUUUCAGAAGCAGAGUCCAGAAUCUUCUGGCUAGGAUUAAUCACGUGUCCUUUACUCUGGGUGAUUUUUGCCUUCACUGCCCUGUUUUCUUUCAAAGUUAAGUGGCUGGCAGUGGUAAUUAUGGGUGUAGCAUUGCAAGGAGCUAAUCUUUAUGGCUAUAUUCGGUGCAAAGUGGGUAGCAGGAAGAACCUGACCAGCGCAGCAACUUUCUACUUGGGAAGGCAGUUCCUGCGGCAGACCACGCCCAAGGACGACCAAACUGUAUCUUGAGCUUCAUGAAGAAACACUACCUGCCAUUUCCAGUCUUUAAGGAGAAUGGGGCGGGGGGGGGGGGGCGAACACUAUUUCUUGGGCUCUGUACAGGAAAUUUAUAAUUGUGUAUGGAUUUUUGUAAUUAAAUAUCCCAUAGAAGUGUUAAUUGUUACCAUUUCUUACAACAUAGAUUUUACAGAGCUCUUCUUAACUCAACUGACUGCUGGACUCUUUAAUUAAUUAAAUAAUUAAUUCUCCACUUAGAAGUAGGUUAAAAAAAUAGUGAUGACAUCUGUGACUAUUUAUAACGUUGCAUUCUGGAAAUAGCCUAAACUGUCCCCAAGAACUUUGCAGUCAAAUAUUUUUGCUGUUUCAAAACCAGCUUGUUCAAGAAGUCUCAUGAUGAGGACUUGAGCAACCUUUCCUCACAUGAGAACUAUGGAAUGUAACCUUUAAUACACGAUUUAAUGUCUACAUUGUUGCAAGAUCAGGUAUUUUUAAGCAGGUAUUUUAGAUCUGAAUUAGAUAAUUUGGACAAUUGGAUAAUUUCAGCUAAAGAUCAGGAAUUGAGAGGAAGAACUAAGGGUUCCAGUUUCACAAUCAGAAUGGAAAAAUACUGAUGCCUGUUGAUUGGCAAAAAUUAACUUUCUUGUUUGGUUUUGAUCUGAGCCUUCUUGGUUAUUGAGAUUUCCUGAGAAGCAAGGGCAAGUUCUGUUCAGCUUACUAUCUGAGUAAAAUAGAAUUCUCAGGCUACAACUAUAGUAGCCUACAAGGAUAUAGAUCUCAAUUCAUAGCAUCCUAUAGAGAGAAAAAGGAUUUGAGUAUGCUCCUUUGUGCCACUUAACAAGUUACUGAUAAUUAUAGAACAACUCUUCUGAAAUUGCUAGUGUCAAUUCAUAAUGAACCCAAACAAGCAACUUCAGAACUGGUGAAAUAAGAGAUUGAGCUAUUUAGGGGGCUCAUAUUACUAGAAAAAUCAGGCCAGGUAAUCCACUGGAAUGAUUUAAGUCAGGCGUACCCAAUUCCCGGGUCGUGGUCCACUACUGGGCCAUGAACUAUUUGGAACCAGGCUGUGUGAGCAGUGGGCUGGCAUGCCUGCAUGUGGGUGCAGCUUGAGUUGUGCAAGUGGUGGGCCGGCGCAUGUGCACAUGUGUGCGCAGCUCAACUUGCGCAAAUCAAGCUGCAUGAACAUGUGCAUUGGCCUACCACUUUGGUGGACAGUUCCCCUCUUCCCUCCUUUAGCCAGCCCACCAAGCUGCAAAAGUUGGGGACUACUGAUUUAGCCCAUCUGCAAAUAUAUCUUUACAAGUGUAAGCAAAGCUUCAGUGAAUUUAGAUGCUACUAAGAAUGUUGUAGAUUUCUACAAACUGUCCUGCUUUGAAUAGAGUGAGUUCUAUGCACAGGGCCUAGCUUGUCACAAGCACUGUGUUGCUUUUCAAAAAUCAGAAAGUUUAUUGAGUUACUACUGUUUACUGGAUGGACAUCCAAUUCUUCAUUUCAAACAUGAUCAAUUUGUAUAUUUCUCAAGAUGCUUAAACAGGAGUUAAAGUUGUGUUACAGUUACUGUUCAGAUAGUUUAUAAGUUAAGCUUAGGAAAGAAGUAUUGAUUAUAAGCAAACUUAAUGUAAGCCUAAUGGUGGUUUAUUGUUCAUUUUUAAAAGGAAAAACAGUUGGCAAGUUUCUAUGAAUGGUGAUAGUUAAUGUUCAUAUUUGGAUAUGAAAAGUGAAGGUUCUUGGAAUACAGAAAUAAUGCAUUUAAAAUCUCUUGUUUUGCAUCGUGCAUGUUUGUGGACCUUUCAAAUUAACCUGUUUUUCAAAGAAAUAUAUUUUUUUAAAGCUGUGAAAUUGUGAAUGGGUUUGAUUUAGUGUGCCAAUAUCAUGUGUCUCGGGUGAUACACUAUAGUCAUGUCAAUUAACAAGCUUACGUCUUGAAAUUACUCUCAUAUAGUCCUCCCUCUUUGCCUUUGCUUCCCUUGCCUUUUUGAGCUCUGCCCGUUUCACAACUGCAUUCUCUGGGAAAGCAGCUGCAGUAGUUUCGGAGAUGCACAAGUCUAUUUCUAAGUGCAUUAUUAAGAAUUUUGUGAAUCAACUUGAGCUUUAUCUCCUUAGCUUAACAUUGCAACCAUCUAGCUGAGCACUUUUGGUUGCUGGCAUUCCUCAGUGAUGUAUUCAGUGGCCUCGGUUACCCAACUAGUGAACACUACUGUAAAACGACUUAAGAUUGCAAAUUUAUUUUUCCACUAACUACCAUAUUCUAAUAAUGUUACCUGAAAAGAGUCACAACAGAUUGAAUAUCAUAAAGACAAUAUUCAUACGACUGCAAAUGUAAUGUUUCUAGGAAAACUUUUCACCCAUUUAACUGAGAAAGUAAGUUAGUGUUGUGCCUACAUGGGUGUGAAUCACAUCACCUUUGGGAUGUUUUGUUUCUGCUUAUAUUGUAUCAACAGUAUUCAAGCUUUAAAGUAACAAUGUACAUAAGCUGGGAUUCUUGAGAAUCUCCCAGUUUUGUCGGGUUUUUUGCUUCCUAUAUUUCCUAUCAUCUCUUCUCACUCAUCAAUCUUUCUGGACUUUGCAUUUCUAAAGUUUAACAUAAUUUCUUCUUAAAACCCUUAUUCUGCUAUACGAAGUCAUCUAAUAAAUAACUUUCUUUUCAUUGCUGAACCUUUCCCAGCAACAGUUUUCACAUAGCACACUGAAUUACUGGCAAAUUCCCCAAUAGUUGUAAGACGUGAAGGACCAUGCUGAACUAGCAAGAUGGGUGUAUAUAAA